AUUUAACCAGUUUUGUUCAUUUCGCAUUUGUCGGUAAUGGUGAAAAGCGCAGUGAAAAGUGUUUUGGUAUUUCGUGAAACCGUUUCGAACCAAACUAUACACCUUUAUCUCUUAUUAAUUGGAUUUAUAUUAAAAUUGUUCCUUCAUUUUGAAUUCAAUUUCAAUUGUUGAAGUUUUUGGUUGGAUCAUUAAUGACUUGUUAAAUUGUGUAGUCGCGAAUGGAAACACCCAAAUUUCCUAGGCUAUUGUGUGAAGACAGCAUGGUUUUUUUGUUUCGCAUUUAAAUUGGUGAAAUUAUACAAAUGAAAUGAUUUUCAUUUGUGAUGGAAAAAUGGAUACCGAAGCAUAUAUAAAGUAUGUUAUGAAUAAUAAGAAAGUUUUGAUUAGUAUUUGCGCGUGAUAUCUCUCUAUAUACUAUAUAUACCUGUGGAUAAAGGUAUAAUUUAACAUUUGGAAAUGAGAGAAUAUAUUUAUGAUAGUGCGCGUUCAAAUACAUUCGUAUGUAAAGUUUUAUAAAUGAUUAAUUUUAACCGUAUUAAUGCGUUUCCAUCCAUGUCGUUAUAAAAGUGGUGGUAAUAUGCUUUAAUAGAUAUCAGUUCUAAAUGAAUAAGCAAUAAUAUACCUAUCUACGAAAAUUUGUACAUACCCUUGUACAUGUCAAGAAAAUAUUUUUCAAUCAGAUGGCUCGAUAAAACAGGAAUAAUUCUUUCAGGUGAAAACACUCAAAUGAAAAUACAUAUGUUUAUAAGGUCUAUUCUGCCAUCUCUAAUUAUCACAGUACACCAUCUAACCCCGUCCCGUUAAGAAGCCUUGAAAGAUAUACGACCCAACAACGAGUCGAAAUUAUUAAAAUUUACUAGCGAAAUUCGGAGUCAGUGACCUUAACAUUAAGAACUCUGCGUCCAAUUUACGUCAUAAUCAUCCUGUCUGACCGCUCAAUGAUAACCGAAUAUUCUUGGCCCGAAUUGGAUGAUAUGGACUUGGACAAUAUGUGAUUCCAACAGGACAGCGACACAAGCCACACAGCGAAUUUAUUGAAAACCAAGUUUGGUGAACGUGUUAUCUCACGAAAAUUAGGUUCAUCGUCUGGACUUCUGCAAGCGUGUCCGUGGUGAUAUCGAGUUUCAUACAUAGUGGCAUUGAAUGUACUUUCACAGGAAUAAAGAAUUUCAUUGAUAUCCCAAACCGUUUUUGUUUUAGCGCUAUAAGCAAUACCCAGAAAAAGUUUAUGUCUUUUGAUGUAUAUAUGGGUUAUUCAUAGAUCAAUUUCAUCCUUAAUGUGUUAAGAUAUCUCACAUAUAAACUAAUAUAGAGGUUAUAAAAUUCAUCGUAAUAUUGAAUCUCCUAAUAUUAAGUAUAAGGGAACUAGGGGACAAUGACACAAUUUUACGCACUUUUGUCCUAGAAGCACAUUAUUAGAAGAAGUAGAUCCACUCUGAAUUUCUAUAAUAUUCAAUAAUUCAAAUAAUUGUCCAAAAUACAAAAUUUUUAGGUGAGAAGUGUCAUAUCUUAUAUAAGUGAAGUGUCAUCUGAUUCGAUGAAAUUCAAAAUUGUGUUAUAUGGAAAGUAGUCGUCGUUGUGAACCCAUUUCAGUAAUUUUCCUAAAAAUGUUAAUAUACUCCUCAAUAAUGUAGUGUUUCCAGUUAAUUUAUACCGCUUUCUUGGCCACAAUAUGACUUAAGGUUAAAUAUGAAUGAAAUCGAUUCAGUCCUUGGUCUAUCCAUCGUAUAUUUCUUUACGGUAAUAAUGUCAUACUUUUUUCCUCAUCUUGACUUUUCCACUCAUAUACCCAAUAUAUUGAAUUUCAUCGCUUUGGUUUUUUAUAUUACAUGUGUAUAUCGGUAUUAGUGUAUCUCAGUAAAAUUAUGCGAGAAUAUAUCGAUUAGCAAGUUUUUAUGCCCACAAAAGCAACGACUCUAUUCUAAAAAGCACAAACAUAAGUCAUUCUAACAAAUAAGGAAUUUAUUUUUUUUAUUUUCUUGUAUAUUUCAAUAUAUUAUCUGUUGAAUAUAAAUAUCUUCGAAAAUAUAAAAAUAACUCUUUUGAGGAACAUUAAUUCUUAUUUGCUCGUACAAACAAAUCGUACUGUUGCCAUUUUGAACAUCACUGUAAAUAUGAACAAACUAUAUGUGCGCAUAUAUAUGUAUAUAAAUACUUAUGCAUAUAUAUGAAUAUAAGGAUUAAAAACUACGACAAAUCUUUGACAAUAGCCGGACUAUUUAACUAUUGUUUAUAUUGUUUGUUGGUUAUUUGUAUUCUUGCUUUCCGCUUUGUAAAGGCGCCUAAAUAAUUGUUGCACAUCCGAUUGCCUUAUUUGUUCAAAUUCAACUGCAGUGACUUACAAUGCGCAAUUAAAUAUAUAUGGUACUUUCAAUUGUGAAUUAAAUAGUGCUAAAUGUAGACAAAUCUACAACAAUAAAAUAUGUUUUAGAUGUGGGUUUAGUCAUAGAAAUAAUGCUCAUAUGUAUGUAUGUAUAUGUGAAACGUUCAUGCCGAUCAUUUAAGUAUUAAUCCCUUCUUCGGUUAAAAAAAUGUAUGAUUCAAAAAUCCAUAUUAUUUAAGAAUUAUUUAAAUGAAUUCAGGUGCGACCAAGGAGCGUUUAUAUAUUCAAAAUGUGCGAUGUGGUUCACAACCCAACUUACUUUCCUUGUAACACAAUUUUUAAUUAAAACUGAUUCGUGCACUUUGCAACAUGUACAUAUCAGGAAAUUAUGGAUUGAAAAUGGGAGAAAUCGGUUUGAGCCAUGCAAAUUGCGAGAGUAUAAAAUUUUCGGUUACACCCGACCUUAGCCAUGAAGCAAUUGCGCUUUUCCAACCAAAAUUGGUGAACACUUUGUCUUUCAAUUGAAAUUGAGUAAUUACUAUUAGAUACGACCAACUUCAAUUAAACGGUAUUUAUAAAUCGAAACUAGAAGCGUUCGGAAUUUCUUCUUUAUGAAGAAUAGAAACAAAAACAUAUUAAGUACAUAGGAAAAUAAGAGUUCAAUUAAAAUGCUUAUAAGAAUCGGUUCAGAACAAUAAGAGAUGAUCGAAAGAGAUGUUAUAUAACUUCAACAUAGGAAAAACUCAAUUAAUAGCCACUUUCUUAUAAUGUCCUGCCGUCCAUAUUGGCAAUGGCGAAAUAAGGAAAUGAAAAUUAUGGCUAGAGCGAAAUGGAAGCGAAAAUAACAGUGAGACAAUUCAAAAACUAAUUAUCUGAGAAAUAUACACACAUAUAUCGUGGUGUUAAUAAUAUAUAUUGAUAUUGCAUUUUAAAAUACUGACAAUAAAUGUGAUAGUAUUUGUGUAUAAAACGGAAAUAAAUGCAGAGUUCAUUCAAAUAUUACAUGAACAUUGAAGACAAAUGAGGAAAAAAUAACUUUGUUACUUGCAAGGCUAAAUUUGGGUAAAUUAUUCGAACAUCUGCUGCCGAUAUUGAUCGUAACAAAGUCGAUUCGAAUACCAAUGAACUUACUGUGCUGCUGCUGCGGUAAUAUGGCGCCGAACACGAGGAUAACUCGCAAGUGGGAGUUAUUUGCUGGGCGCAAUAAAUUUUACUGCGAUGGAUUAUUGAUGUCCGCACCACACACGGGUGUUUUUUAUUUAACUUGCAUCUUGAUUACGGGAACCAGCGCACUUUUUUUUGCAUUUGAUUGUCCAUUUCUGGCUACACGUAUAAAUCCUAUAAUUCCUAUUGUUGGUGCAGUGCUUUACUUCUUUACAAUGAGUUCCUUGCUACGAACAACCUUUACAGAUCCUGGUGUUAUACCCCGUGCUUCCCACGACGAAGCCGCCUAUAUAGAAAAGCAAAUUGAAGUGCCAAAUUCCCUGAAUAGCCCAACAUAUCGGCCUCCUCCACGCACCAAGGAGGUCCUUGUUAAAGGACAAACAGUUAAAUUAAAAUAUUGUUUUACCUGUAAAAUAUUUCGACCUCCCCGUGCGUCGCAUUGCAGCUUAUGCGAUAAUUGUGUUGAUCGGUUCGAUCACCACUGCCCCUGGGUUGGUAACUGCGUGGGGAAACGAAAUUAUCGUUUCUUUUAUUUAUUUCUAGUCUCAUUAGCAUUUUUAGCGGUAUUUAUAUUUUCAUGCUCUGUGACUCAUUUAGUCCUAUUGAUGAAAGCAGAGCAGGAAAUAUUUGAGGUGAUAAAAAAGGCGCCAUUUACUGUGAUUGUUGUGUUCAUUUGCUUCUUUUCGAUUUGGUCAGUUAUUGGUUUGGCGGGAUUCCAUACCUAUCUGACAACCAGUGAUCAAACUACAAAUGAAGACUUGAAAGGGUCAUUCUCUUCAAAAGGGGGUCAGCGUUCGGUAAAUCCAUAUUCGCGAGGGAAUAUAUGUCUCAACUGUUGCCAUAUACUUUGUGGACCAAUGACACCAUCAUUAAUAGACCGCCGAGGAAUUGCAACGGAUGAUUAUAUUCUGCAAAUGCAACAACAUACAAGUCCACAACCAGUGAUUGGCGGCAUCAACAUUGGUGGCAAUGAUAUUAAAAACCGCCUUUAUGAAGAGUCUAAUCCUUCCUCGGCGACAUUAGGAACUAGUAAUGGAAUAUAUCGUCCGCGGAGUUAUGAUAAUCUACAAAACGCUCCUGAAUUGAUUCAACCCUUACUUGAAGAUGGAAACUCCAAUAGCCUUGCGCAAUUGGUAGACAACGAAAUUCCCCUUUCCCAGUUGGACGUACCGCAAACACAAACUGCACAAAUGCAACGGCAAUUCCGUCACCAUAAAGACCGUGUACAAACGAGUUCCUCAGAUAGCAAUAAUAUAAACAAUUUUGUCUCGACCGACUGCAAUCACGACGAUGUAGUCGAAAUCGUCGGUAAAACGGAGGUUGUAGCUGCUGUGGCAGCAAUCGCUGCUGCUAGUCAAGCUCGUGAACGCCAGAAUCGUUCGGACAGCUAUAAUAACUUAUUUUAUACGGAAAGUGGCUCCGCUAAUGCAAAAAGUAAUUCAUGCACAAACCCGAUAUUAACAUCAAGUGUUUCAGCUAUUGAAAGUCUAGAUAAAGAAUCGCCAGAUCUCUCUCCAGAAAAUAAUGUAAUUAACCUCUCUGUGAGUAUAGAUAUGAAAGAUUCCAGAGAUUUGCCAGAACAAACCGAUUCAACAAAUGAAAGGCAACAAUCGAACUUGUUAAAACCGAUUUCUCAAUUAGAAAAUGUUUAUAGUAAUGUCUCACAAAGUAAUACGAGUGCUGUGAAUGUGAGUGCUAAAAAUGUAGAUAGCAAUGCCAGUUUACAUGUGUACUCAAAUUUAAUGGAUGAACAAAAGCAGCACGAAUUAACGCUACAAAUGAAUAGACAGCAUAAACAAUUAACGCAAAAAAGUAUUAAUUCAGCCGGAGUUAUGUUGUCGUCGUCAUUAUUAAAUGACGAUUUAGACUUGGACGAUCCAGUUAGUGCAUCAUUUGUUGCACAAGAAAAUGUAAACUCCAGUUUUUUAUCUGGCAAUGGUAAAAUGUGUGAUAGCUCUUUGAAUGGUCUAACCCGUUUACGUAUGCUAAAUAAUACAACCAUGAUAAAUACAGCGCUCGAUUUGGACAGCUUAGACGGAUCUAGCUUAGGUAACAAUUCCCAAUCGUGUUUAGUUAAAGGAGCCCCUCCAUUAUCCUAAGGUUCGAAUCAUCAACCACGGCAACAAAAUAGAUUCAUACACAUCCACACUCAACAUUCAAAACAUAUUGGUUGUUAGUUUAAUUUUGUAUUUUAAUUUACAUAGAUUAAUAUUUAAUCAAACUAAAUACAUAUAUAGUUUUAAGUAUGUUCGUUAUAUGCCAUAACUCGCACAAAAAAACUGAGAAAACUACAAAUCAAGCUGUAUAUAUUUUUUUAUAAAAUCGAGUGGUUUGACAUGCUUAAAAAGUUCAAUUAGUUUUAAACCAAGUUUUAAGGAUUCCCGAUCCCCGACCCAAACACCAAUUAAACAGAUUUUAAAUUUUAUUCAGUUAUGAUUUUUUACUUUUAAAUGUAAAAUCUGUAAUGUGAAAUUUUCA